ACCACCCUCCUUCAUUCCUUCUCUCACCUUCCUUUCUUUCUCCCUGUCUUCUUCUCCUUUCUGACUCUGCAGACGAAGACUCUGCAGAGUAAGAGAGCGGAGAAGAGAGAAAGACAGGGAAGCCCUAAAAUACGCUCCUUAGUCCUCCUUCUAUGGAGGAUUAUCCUCGUGCUUUCCACAGAAACCAAGCCUCUGCUACCAUAUCGAAGAAAAUAUCCCCUGGAAAUGGCUUCACUCCCAAAACUGUUUAUGAAGACGUUUUUGGUGGUCCCCCAAAGUUUGGAGUACAGACCUUUUCGUCUAGGAUUGAAGAUUACACUGAGAUAUUUGGUAGCUUUCGCUCCUCACGUGGUUCCUCCAUUCCAGUUCUAGAUCUCCCCGUUCCAGACUCAGGCGAUGUUUCUGUUGAUUUCCGCGACUUCAAGUUUGAUUACUCGGAAAUUUUUGACGGUUUGAAUGGUAUUGAUUUCUUCGAUUCUCACGAGCAGCUGUUUGACGACUCUAAAGGAGGAGAGAGCUCCUCUGAGGAAGCCUGGACCCCGGAUGGGAGAGGUUCUCCUUCAGAAGGCUCCAGUGUUGAUACUUUGGCUUGUUCUGAAAAUAACCGGUUUAUGUCAGAUGGAUUAGCUGAUCAUAAAUUUGAUGGUGUGAAGCAAUUCAAUGUUUCAAAUCAUGAAACUGUGCAAAGAAGUGAAGAAGAUGGGACAAAUGGUACAACAUACACUGCCCAACAUCAAACUGUUCGAGGGGCUGUGUUUGUUGUUGAUGGAAGUACUCCUCCACAAAAGACUGAAGUUGUCAAUACGUCACCCCGGGGAGUUAAUGAUGUUGGUGGCAAUAUGGAUUUCAAUGGAGGCACAGUGGAAGAAAAAAAUUUCAAGAAAACCAUGUCACUCCCUCCCAUUUACUGUUCCAUCACAAGGUCUUCUGGAAGUGAUUUCAAACCUUCAAAUCAUGAGACUGUGCAAAGAACUGAAGAAGAUGGAACAAAUGGUACAACACACACUGCCCAACACCAAGCUUUUCUAGGGGUGAUGUUUGUGGCUGAUGGAAGCACUCCUCCACAAAAGACUGAAGUUGUCAAUACGUCACCCCGGGGAGUUAAUGAUGUUGGUGGCAAUAUUGAUUCCAAUGGAGGCACAGUGGAAGAAAAAAAUUUCAAGAAAACCAUGUCACUCCCUCCCAUGUACAAUUCCAUCACAAGGUCUUCUAGAAAUGAUUUCAUGCUUCAAAACAGAUCUCAUGGGAAUGGUUCUAAUUCUAGUAAUAUAUUUCUAACUGUAUCUGAAGUAAGUCUUCAGACACAGCCCUCUCAAGUGCCUCCACCAAUGAGACCGCCACCAAAAUUAUCAAUCAAACAGGGAAAUUCUAAGAUAGCUUCUGAAAAGUAUGGUCUGGAGGGUGCUACAGGUGACAAUUCACCACCUUUCUUUGAUGUGGAGGUAGAUGCAAGUUCAUCUGCUGCAGCAUCAGCAGCUGCUAUGAAAGAAGCAAUGGAGAAAGCCCAAGCGAGAAUAAAAAGUGCAAAAGAAUCAAUGGAAAGAAAAAGGGAUGGCCUUCAAAGCCGGUUGAAGUUGGGAUUGAAGGAUGAUUUGAGUAGUAGGGCCAGAAAAGAGGAUAUUAAAGCUACUCAUGAAGCCUUCAGAUUUAGUGGAGAAGAAUCUCAGGAGACAUCUGAAAGAGAGAAAGUUGGAACGAAAGGGUUUGGAAGGCAGGAAGGGCAACAUGAUAUUAGUACAGCUCAGGUAGCUCCAGAUUUUGAAGGGAAAGAAAAGAGUCUAAAUGUUGGUAAAGAAUUUGUAGAACCGAAGGUUAUGAAGGAACCUAUAACUGCCCAGGAAUUUCAUAUUCAGAAAGAAGCAGUAGAGUGGAAGGUAGAGAAACAAUUCUAUGAACUUGCGAAAACAGGUAAGUUGAAAGCAGCUCCUGAAGUCCUUGAGCAGGCCAAAAUUGAGAAAAAAUUAAUUUCACCAACAAUAACCCAGAAACAUGAAGAAAGUGAGAAGGUAGCAGCAAAACAAGUAUUUGAAGAGGGAGAAGAAAAUGUUAAGAUAUCAAAAGCAUCUAAAGGGGCUUGUGAACAGGAGAACAUUAGGAUAUUAGAAGCAACUAAAGAGGCACAUGAACUGGAAAAACAGCAGAAGAAACUGAAGGUGGCACAAGAGACAAGUGAGAGUGAAGAAAAUGAGAAGAAACUAAAAUUGGCACCAGAGAUUUCCAAGUAUGAAGAAGAAGAGAAGAAAUUACAAGUGGCUCAUGCGUUGGAAGGACAUGGAAAGCAGCUAGAAGAGGCUCAUGAACAGAAAGAAAAUGAAAAGAAACUAGAAGAGGCUCGUGAAUGGGAAGAAACUGAGAAGAGACAAAGAGAGGCCUCUUGGAGGGAAGUAAGUGAGAAAAAAUUAAAAGAUGCUGAUGAACAGGAAGAAAAUGGGAAUAAGCUAAAAGAGUCUUGCAAUAUAGAAGAAAAUGAGAAGAGAUUGAAAGAUUCUUCUGAGCAGGAAGAAAGUGAGAAGAAACUAAAAGAGGCUUGUGAUGAGAGAAGACUACAAGAAAUUCACGAGAAGGAAGAAGAUGACAAGAGGCAAAAAGAGGUUUGUGAGGGUGAAGAAAAUGAGAAACGACUGAAAGAGGCUUGUGAAAAGGAAGAGAACGAGAAGAGAAUACAAGAGGCUCAUGAGUGUGAGGAAAAUGAAAAGAGACUAAAACAAGCCUUUGAACAGGAAGAAAAUGAGAGGAGACUAAAAGAGGCUCAAAACAUAGAGGAAAAUGAAAAGAGACUAAAACAAGCCUUUGAGCGGGAAGAAAAUGAGAGGAGACUAAAAGAAGUUCAUCAGCAGAAAGAAAGUGAAAAUAGACUAAAAGAGGUCUGUAAGAUGGAAGCAAAUGAGAUGCAGCAAAAAUUGGUUUUUGAGCUUGUAGAAAAUCAGGGAGAGAGAAAGGCUAAUGAGGAGGAAAAAUAUGAAAAUAGACAAAAACAGGCUUAUGAAGGGGAAGAAAAUGAGAAUAAAGUAAAAGCAGAUCAAGCGGCUCAUGAUCUCAAAGUUGACAAGAUUCUUAUGACGGCUAGUAGGUCACGCGAGCCUGUUAACAGUAAUAAUUCUGAAGCAAGUCAAGAAAGCCUCGAACAUGAAGAAAGCAAUGGGAAACUGAAUCUGGCUCGGGAAGCAACUGAGCAUGAAGGGAGUGGUAGGAUGACUGAAGCAGCUAAAGAUGUCUGUGAAUCUCAAGGGAGUGGGAAGGAAUUGGAAAUAGCCAAAGCAAGAAAUGGAGACGAUGAAAGUGGGAGAUCUAAACCUGCCAAUGUGUCUCAAUGUGCCCCUGAACAAGAUAGGUGUGAACAGAUCAAAGUAUCCAUGGAAUGCCUCUCAUUAGAUGAACUAGAGAAUAAAUUAGGAGAACCUGAAAAUGCAAUUGAUCUGGAGCAAAAUGAAAAGAACAAGAGAACAUUGCCAGAGGCUUGUGACCAGGAAAGCCUUGGUAAGUCUCAAGUUGCCUUUGAUCAGGAAAGUUACAAGAAGAAGAAUGAAGCAGCUCAAGGGGUGAAAAACUGGGUUGAAAAUGAGAAGAAAACUGGAUUGACUCAUCCUGUUAUGUUAUUCGAAGAGAAGGGGAACAUGUUGAAGGUAGCUCAGCAGGUUAGCAAGAGCCAAAAUACAGAAAGAAAAGAGAGGAAUUACCAUGAAACAUGUAACAAUGUAGAGAGAGAAAAAGAAGUAAGGUUGCAAAGAGAAAGAGAACUGGAAGCGGAGCAUCUGAGAAAAAUAAAAGAAGAGAAAGAGAGGGAAAGGGAAAGGGAAAGAGAAAAAGAUAGAAUGGCUGUUGAAAGAGCAACCCGUGAAGCUCGUGAAAGGGCAUUUGUUGAAGCCCGUGAAAGGGCAGAAAGAGUUGCUGUGGAGAGAGCAACUGCUGAAGCACGUCAAAGAGCAAUGGCAGAGGCCCGAGAAAAACUAGAGAAGGCCUCUACAGAGGCUAGGGAGAAAUCAUUGGCUGAGAAAGCUUUUAUGGAAGCUAGACUGAGGGCAGAGCGUGCUGCGGUGGAAAGAGCAAUCGCAGAGGUUCGGGAGCGUGCAGCAGAAAAAGCAGCUUUGGAGGCAAGAGGAUGGGUAGAAAGAUCUGUAGCUGACAAAUUCCCCACGACAAAUUCUAGAGACAGUGGAAUGAGGCGGAGCUCUUCUUUCUAUGAAUUGCGAGAGACACAACUUAAAAGCUCAGGCUCUGACAGUAGUUUAAGACCUACAAAAUCUUCAGUUCAUGGUGCCUCCUAUACUUCUGUUAAGUUUCAAGGAACAGAAGGUGAAUCAGCUCAGAGGUGUAAAGCUAGGUUAGAGAGGCAUCAGCGAACUGUUGAACGUUCGGCAAAAGCUCUUGCAGAGAAGAACAUGCGUGAUCUUCUUGCACAGAGAGAACAAGCAGAGAGAAAUAGACUAGCAGAAACUUUGGAUGCUGAGGUCAGAAGGUGGUCUAGUGGGAAAGAAGGGAAUUUGCGUGCAUUACUUUCAACACUACAAUAUAUCCUUGGGCCUGAUAGUGGUUGGCAGCCAAUUCCCUUAACAGAAGUUAUAACAGCUGUUGCUGUAAAGAAAGCAUAUAGAAAAGCCACCCUUUGUGUUCAUCCCGAUAAGCUGCAGCAAAGGGGUGCAAGCAUUCAACAGAAGUACAUAUGUGAGAAAGUUUUCGAUCUUCUGAAGGAGGCUUGGAACAAAUUCAACUCAGAGGAGAGAUAAAUUUUUCCUUUUACGUCUUCUGUUGAAGCAUGCACAAUCUGAAAUCAUGUGCAGUUUGUAAUUUUGUACCGAGCAAAAUAUAUCUCCAUGGAAGGAAAGAUGUCUUAAAUAUUUGUAAGCAUUCUUUCAACCACUUGCAAACGUAAUUGAACUCCGAACCUGGCAUUGUACAUGCAUUAAGGAACGUGAAAAAAUACCGUACCACAUUACAAUUGAAAUGCU